GUAUUUGCCACGUUUUUCAUCAUCUGAUCGCAUGAUAUCAAGAACGAUUAUUAAAGAUUAUGAUAAAUUCGAUCAUAGCACGCGAUCACGACACUUCUCGACGUACAACAUAAUCAAUUAUUUAAUCUUUUUCAACAAUACUGGUUCGCGAUUGUUCUCGAAUAAUGCUCGUUCAAUCCAUCGAUUGCCAUAAUACAUUCGUGAUCAUAUUUAUGAUUCGACCGUUAUUCGACACGGUCGGAUUCGCAGUUUGACGCGGGCCGCCGCGUCACUGUGGAUAUCCUUAGGAUGCAGCAGGGUAGUGUAGGCGACGGGGAUUCGGCCCCGAGAAAUUCGCCGAAAAACUCCAACACGGGCGUCGCCGACGGUCGAGUUCGGGUUAAAAUCGAAGCGCCGGAGUCGACGGAACUGUUCGACGUUAAACGAGAAACCCAAGACGAAUAUCAUGCCAUUCAACACGAUUACCAUUAUGACAGGAAACCAAUCGUUCCAACGAAGUUCGAUGCAAAUUCCGAAAUUAUCAAUCAGUGUCAGCCACCCCAUCAAGGUUAUCCACGGCCGGUAAACUCCGGGCUUUCGAAUUCUUAUGGAUUUUCACAUUUUUAUGGGCCAGCAAUGCUACCUCCCUCGUUUCAUGGCGCCAGACCAUCUCCAGAUCGACCUAUUGGGAAAAUUGACGAGCAUGAACACGAACAGGAACGUUACAGAGUGCCCGUGUCUGGUGUCGCUAGUGACAGUGUUUUUAUGCAUCACGAUCCUCAUAGAUACGAGAUUGGUGAUUACCAUGGGAAAGGAUAUCCUGGAAUGGCUUAUCCCGCGUUUCGACCAUCGAUGCAGCAGCGUGCACCGAUGUAUACCGGUCAUCACAACAAUAAUAGCUACAGGACCGCGCAGUAUCAAAACAGAAAGCGCAAGUGGAGCGGUGCUGCGCUGCGCGGAAUGCCGCCAUCGAUGCCUUGGCCAACGUGGUUCUACAGGCCGGAUUUCCCUCUCGGCGCUCAACUGCCCACCGGCCACGUAUCGAAUCCAAGCAACGUUCCUACUUCGUCCCCUCUGUGCCCCAGGACUCACUUGCAAUCAGAGGCGUCCAAGGUUCCCGAAUUUCUCGAUAGCAGCAAAAUCCACGGGCAAACGCCAACGAUAUGCACGUCUAUCAAGUGCACGGUGAAUGGAUGCUCGUGCGACUCGUUCACGCCGGGGAAGAGGCACAUCCGGUACUGCGACAGGUGCCACCAUGGAUGGGUGCCACACGGUGAGUAACCGAAAAUUUUUUUUCACCGUUUGCUGGAAACAAAAGAAAUUUGUUUGGUUUUUUUGCCCACUCGACUUGGCAUGGUUAUUCGCAUGCAAAUUAAUUCGCGUCGAUAUAUUAACGUCAAGCGAUUAAGAUUACGCCCUUUUUUUUUUUUUCGGCUUAAAAAUUUUAAUAAUGGUAAACGGAAUAUCGAUUUUAAUUUAAGACGCCCGCUUAUCUCGUUGCAUUGCAAAUGAGCGAAAAAUGGCAG